GGCGACUGAGUAAUAGUCACAUUUUAGUGCUCUCCAAUCUUAUUAAUAUACUUGGUGAAAAUCAGUAGUUUUAUAAUCACGUAAUGUUGUUUACUCUGGUGAUAAAAAAUCAGUGAUCAUUCUGAUAUAUAAAUCUCACAAGCGAUGUCGCGUGAAUGCAAGUACUGUUCUAAUGUUAUUGUCACUGACUAUGUGAAAUGUCCGGUAUGUGAUUCAGCAUAUUAUCCUGGAUGUGUAAAGCAGACCAAAGUGUCACCCAAUGGUGGUUAUCAAAAGUGUUGCUGCAGAAAGAAUUCUUUCACUUUGUCUGAUUUCCGUUCGUUAAUCAAAGAGAAAAAUGUGGCUCUAUCUAUUGCAAUUAAAAAAGAUUUUAGUUAUCAACUAAAAACAGUAGUAACAAGUGUGGAGUCUCUUACUGUAACAGUUAACAAAAACAAUGCAUUACUUAAUGACAGAAUAUCGGCUGUGGAGACUGUCAACAAAACACUUGAAACUAACCUAGCAAUACUUGAGACCAAAGUUGCAAACAACGCAGAGUGUGUGUCAUCGCUUAUAAAUCAUAUGGGAAUAGCAGGCUGUAGCAGUAAUGCUGCUGUUUUGGAGGAGGUUGAAGAAAGGCUUACGAGGCGUGGCAACAUUUUGAUAUUUGGGGUAUCUGAGUCAAAGGAAGCGAGUAAAGAAACCAGGGAAGCACACGACCGUUCUCUUGUGGUAAAAAUAUGCUCGGAUCUUAAGGUUGAUUUUUCACUAUCCACACACUUUAGAAUCGGUAAAUAUUCACCUGCACUUGCUAAACCUCGACCAAUAAAACUGUCUUUUACUAACGCUGGGAUGACUGAUUUAAUCAUCCAGAAUCUGGUCAAACUAAAGAGAUCCAAGCAGGUACCUCCGGAAUUGCAGAGCAUAGCAAUCUCCAAAGACAGAACCUUGAUGCAGCGGAAUCAACAGAAGGAAGCGUGGGCAGAACUUCGUCGUCGUAUCCAAGAGGGAGAAACGGAUCUAAAGAUGGUGACCAGGAAUGGGUUGAGUUCCAUCGUCAAGGCUCAAGUUCGUCGUUCUCGACAGAUAGAGAGCGUCAGUCAAUCCUAAACUCGUCGUAUAAACAUCAUAGCAUCUAUUAUCAGAAUGUUAGAGGAAUAAAAUCAAUACUCAACACAGUAUCGUAUAAUACCGCCAACUGCGAUUUUGAUAUUUAUGCUUUCACUGAAACCUGGUUACAUGAAAGUAUUAAUAACUCUGAAUUAUUUGAUAUUAAUUUAUUUUCUUGUUUUAGAUGUUAUAGAAGAGAGG